AUGUCGUUUCCUGUUGUUCAAGUCCUUCGUACUCAGUCAACCGUUCCACUCAAACAGUCGUCACAAAAUAUUACAGAAAGCAAUGUUCGUCCUUUUAUAGACAUACCAGGACCUAACGGACUGCCGUUCUUUGGAUCAAUCCACCGGUACAUAAUGGCAGGNAUACAUGCAAAUUCAUCUACACUGGCUCCAAACUCGGUCAUUAUGGCUUUAAGCUACUCGAGUGUGCGCAGACGGUACUCAGAGUUCGUAUGGCUGGAUAAAAAACUAAGAGAAGAAACAAAAGACAGGUGUUUGCCUCCUCUUCCAUCUAAAAAAUUCUUCAGGCGUUUUUCUGUCGAAUUUAUUUUAAGUCGUCAACAACGAUUACAAGAAUACAUGGAAAGGACAAUAAAAGAUGAAGAAUUACUCUGCAACGCUCAUUUGCAUCUCUUCCUACAAACUCACUUCACUCCAAAAGAGAUUGAAUCUGUCCUCGAACGCAAAGAUCGCGAUGAUGUCAAUCACAUCAUUGUCUUGGCAAUGACCAACGAGCGUUAUGACCAUUGUCAUAACAACAUUUCUGAUUAUUCCCUAAAUAACUCCCAAAAUACCUAUGAAGUCAGUGACAACUCAUUUUGUAGUCUGGACUUGAAUGACGUCAUAUCUUCGUCCGAAAGCUUUUCUUCUGGUUACUAUGGAGAUGAUGAAAUCCCAGAUGGACUCGACUUAUCUKCAAGUAUUUCCAAUCCAUUUGAUUUGAAAUGCAUGACGGGUGUAUUCAACUCUUCCACAAGUUCGAAUUCUCAGGAAUUCUUGAGCUUUGAGGAAUUUUUUGAGUUUGAUAAAAAGGCAAAGUCAAGACGACKAACAACGAGACCAGCAGUUUCUACAAAAGGACACGAUGGACUAGUGGAAUGCGUGAUGCCAAUAUCUGAAUAUGACCAAGAAAGUUAUCUUGUAUUUUCUGUCAUAAAGCGUUACAGACCGAGAAGAGAGUCUAACGAGAAAUGGGUAAAGAGAAUGGUCAAUGAGUACGAAGUCUUGUCUCUUUUGUAAAAAAAUUAACUCACUUCACGGGACGUUAUAUUACUUUGCGCACGUGCGGUUCAAAAAUUUUUAGGCUUGCAAAGUAGUUUUCAGGAGUGUCAGGUUUUCCUGUUUCCCCARUGAAUGUCCCUCUCCCAAUAGACCGUUUCUAAAAAGAACAUASUGUAUUGUGGUCUAGCUUCAUUAGAAACAAUAACUCUAUUGUCACAUAAGCAUGAAACAAUUCUUAACUAUG